GUACUCACACGGAAUAACUUUACAAAACAACUUAACAGAUGUCCUUCUACCACUUCUACCAAGGGAAUUUCCAGAAUGGCUCUCAUGCAGACACAGAACCAGCCUGCUAAAGGGGUGAGGAUCAAUAAGGAGACGGGGGAGCUGAGUGCAUCAGGAGAGUUAUCGGCCUCUGUGGAGUUAAAGACUGAAACGGGAGUGGUAUCUGAAGACCCUCAGCCUCGGGACGUGCUCAUAAAACAAUUACAUGAGCUGAGGAUUCACUCAUAUUAUGACCAGAAGACUGACAAAUCCCCUCUAGUGCCAAAAGAGGAAGGUCUUGCUAAAGUCCUGUCUCUUUAUAUACAGAUUUGUGAGGAUGGAGGAACAGUUGAAGUUGUAAAUUUAAAGGGACUUGCUGCUCUUGUGGCUGACACAGUCAUCCACAACAUCCACAGAAGACUGGCAGAAAAGCCUGCAGAUGAAGCCCGCAAUGAAGUCGUGUUGUUUUUCCAGAGACAAGAUACAAGCACAAACUUUGAAAAUGGAUGUUGUUCUGGGUGGUUGCUGUUAAAAGCUCUGAUUCUGCUCACCGCUGAUGGCUCUGAUCUACUGUCCAGUUUAAACCUAGAGCUACCUGCUGCUUUGGUGAAAUGUCUGUACUUACUGGUGUGCCUGCCCCCGCGCCAGGAAAACAUAGCCCUUGAGCAUUCCUUUCAAGAGCCACUUACACAGGCUUUUCUCCAUCUAUGCAGGCUGCCAGUGAAUGUGGAGAGGUUAGUAGAGACUGAAGAGCUUCAGUGUUUAAUUAUUGGCUUCACUUCAAUGUGGGACCAGACAAGUGCUUUAUGGAGACACCAGGCAUCCCAAAUUCUCAAGGCCGUUUCUGCUUCUUCAACAAGAAACAUGGUCCCAAGUUUGUUAGGCAAGCAUUGUGUUCGUAUUUGCAUUCAAAACUUACUGCACAUUCGGACAGAUGUCUCUGGACCAAUAUUAGCUGAAGUGGCAGUUACUGUAUUUAGUUUCAUUAAAGACACUUAUGAUCUGAACCCUGCUCUUUUUGAAGUAUUUGACACCAAUAAUGGCUAUAAAGCUCUAGAGAACGUUUUGAAAUGUUGUGAAGAAGGUGUGCCUGCUGACCAGUUUCCUCCUGUGGAGGAAUUAAUUGAACUCAUUGCAACAUUUGUCAUGUUUGGAAAGACAGAGCUGAAAGUAGCUGUAUGUGUCAGUAAUCCUCAACCUCCAGGGUUUAAAUUUGAUGCUCCUCAAACCACAGGUUCAGUUGUAAAAAACCUCCCAGCCUUUCGCCUACUACAGGAGUCACUGUUGGGAUCUCAGGACUCUCAGUUGUGUUGCCAGAUCCUCCAAACCAUGCAGAGGAUUUGGGAAAAAGAGACAGCAAACUUUUUUCUUUUGGAGUGGUCAGCCCAGACAAUGACUCAGUUGGCCUCUUGUGUGUUGUCUAAACCAGCUCCUGUACAUAAGCUAUUUUUCUCACUCUUAGAAAUGAUAAUAUUCAAAUUAAACUUUAUCCCACAUGAGACCUUGCGAGCAGUACUCACUGUACUGAAGCAGAUGUGGACAGGAGCAACAUUACAACAAAUGAAUGGGUUGGAGUUUGGAGUUGCUGCUGUCAUGUGUUUCCAUAGGAUUACAGUGCAUAGUGGUCUUUUAACAGAGGUACUCAGUGACUGGGGCCUGCUGAAUUUGUUGCUUGGAGAACUGCGCAGAAGAGCUAAAAUCCUAAUAAAAGCUGUGUCUGUCACCACAUAUGCAUCACAACUUUCACACAUUGACGACAAUGAAAGACUCCUCACCAACUACAUGCUUCAAGUUGUUUCUACUUUUACUUUGCGCUCAAUAAAAAACACUGUUUCAGUUCGGGAGCUUGGUAUGGUUCCCUAUAUCAAGAUCUUCUUGAAUGAGGAUCAGUAUCGAGAUGCAACUUUGAGCAUAUUGGAGCAGUUAGCUGAGAUCAACCCUGAGGAGUUCAUGAGCAUAGCCAUUGGAGCUCUUUGUUCCUCAACCCAACAGGAAACCAAACUGAAGAGCGAUCUCUUACAGUCUGUACUGAAGGUCCUGGAGAGUCCUAACAGCUGGGAUGCCUUCAGGAAGGCUGGGGGCUUCACUGGUUUACUGUCACUUGUGAACGACAUGGAAGGAACUUUUGCUAACCCACCUCAGGCAGAAGUGUUGAAGUCUAUCGGACAAAGACCUCUUUUGGAGAUUCUUCUGCUUACAUUGCACAUUAUAGCCCUGGCUGUCCACUUGCACAGAAUAAAUGCACACUAUUUUGAGACUGGUGGCUAUUUUGAAAAACUGACAGAGGCACUACUUAACUUGGGCUGCUUCCAUUGUGUAACAUCUGGGGAAAGUUACACAGAUAAAGACACUGUGGCGGUUUGCUGUCCUUUGAUUGCUGAGGACAAUCAGUCACCAGGGAGAACAUUUGAACAAUUUGUUUCUUUAGCAGAGUCCUCAGUUUCCUCCCAGUCUUCUUUAUCUAAAUCCGAAUCGCAGCUGAUCCUUCCAGUCACACUGAGGACUUGUAUCAUACUCUUGUCUUACCUAAAUCAGUUCUCCACAGGGACCUUCUCUUGUCCCGAUUUGAACUUGGAAAAAAAUUGUGAAAAUCAGAAAUCGUCAAAUCAAUCAAAUAUUCCAAUUGUGCAUGAUGGGGUGGAGGACACACAUGGGCAGAGGAGAAAAGUAGCACCCAGUAUCUCUAUUGCCAGUACUGAGUCACAGUUCAGGUUUGGCUGUGAUACUGCUAUUCUUCAUCCUGGUGCAAUUAGAGUUAUUAUGACUCUCUUUCCAUUGGUUUUUACUCUUGAGGACGCACAGCUUUCCAUGGAUGUCCAAUACGCUUUGAUACACCACAUCCAAGGGAUGGUUAAAUCAGAGAGAAACAGACAAAUCAUGUGUGAUGGGGGACUGAUAACAACUCUAUUGACUCAUUGCAGUAAAAUGCUGAUUGAACCAAAACACCCUUUACAUCUCCCAGUCACUCGCAUUCUAGAAAAGCUCUCCUCUCAGUCAAUAACUCUGAAAGACUUCAGGAGUUUCCUUUGUCUUGGCAACCCCCUCAUGUGUUUAUCAGGCAAAAUGGUUGAACUUAACUUGUCGGAGAAUGAGAAAACCCCUGGGUUCAGUGGCACCAAUUCAGAUGGAGACAAGUCAUCGGAAUCUGCAGGAAAGACCAUAAAGAGAAGCUUUAGCCUAUUAAACUCUGUUGGCUCGGCAAUUCCAACUCACCAAAUCAUCAGUCUGGUAUCCAUGACAUCACCUCGAACCUACAGGCCACACAGAAUCUCAGCCACACCUGCUUUUGUUGAGUUUGAUAUGAGUGAAGGUGGAUAUGGAUGUCUUUUCCUUCCCUCUUUGGCCACAGUGAAGGGGGUCUCUGCUGACUCAAUUCCCAUUGGUGGAACUGGAGGAGAUGGCAGAGGGUUUCCUCCUACGGCUGGACUAACCUACUCCUGCUGGUUCCAGAUCAACAAGUUCAGUUCUGCUUGUGAAUCUCACCCCAUUCGUUUCCUCUCAGUGGUCCGUCACAUGUCCCGCACUGAGCAGCAGUUCAUCUGUUUGUCCAUUUCUCUCUCUGCGUGUGAUGGCUGUUUGGUUAUUUCUACAGAGGAGGAGGCACUGACAUACCUGGAUAUGAUGGAGCAAGAAUUAUCCAGCCCUACUUCUUUGCCAACAUCACUGAGGUUUCGCUGCUCCAGUUUGCUGAUCCCAGGACAGUGGCAUCAUUUAGUUGUUGUUUUGACCAAGGACAUUAAGAAGAGCUGUCUGGUCUCUGCUUAUCUAAAUGGCAAAGCUGUAGGAGCUGGAAAGAUGAAAUACAUACAGCCAUUUCCAGGAACGUAUGUCUCCAUGGAGCCGACAGCAGUCAUAGAUGUGUAUGCCGUGAUCGGGACUCCUGCUCUCUGGAAGGACUAUGCUGCUUUAAUUUGGAAAGUGGGUUCUUCUUACAUGUUUGAGGAACCUCUGACCUCUGAGGCCAUCGGUGUUUUGUACUCACAAGGCACUGGUUACCUCGGCAACUUCCUGUCUGUCUGCAAGUCAGGUGUUGAGUCUAACCCUGUGCGGCUGGUUCCUGAAGAGAGGAUCUCAUUUGGCAUCAGUCCAGCAAUUUCAACAGUAACGACAGUUGCUCAAAUCAGGGAGGAUUACAAUGAGGUGGACUGUCGCCUUAUUGCUAAAGAGAUGGGAAUAACUUCACGGGAUAAUUCUACCCCUGUGUUUUUUGCCCAUAACAUCAGUCAACACUUAAGUGGUACAGCACGAACUAUUGGAGCAGCCCUUGUUGGUCAUUUUGGUGUUCGUACCUUUUCACCAAGAAGUGCGGUCAAUGGAUUUUUGUAUGUUGGGGGGCCUGCAGUUGUUCUGAGUCUAGUUGCGAUGGCACCUGACGAUAGCUCCCUUUACGCAGCGGUCAAAGUUCUUCUUUCUGUGCUGGAGACUGACCCAACUAUGCAGCAAGAAAUGGCACGCAUUGAUGGCUAUAAGCUUUUGGCUUUCCUUCUGAAGAGUAAGAGCAGUAUAGUCAGUAACAGAACCUUGCAGCUGGUUUUGUGCCUUGCUGACUCGACAGAGGCAAACUCUAGCUCCAUUCACCAACAGAAUGUCCCAGCAUUUAAAGCUUUGAUUUCUGACCUGGAUGUAUGGCAGACCACUUCUGAUAAUCUGGACCUGACAGUUCUCAACCACUUUGCUGAAGUCUUGAAAUCUUUCAGUGAUGACAACAGGAAUGCAGGAAUAAUGCACAAAAUUGGUAUUUUACCGAAGAUGUUGUUUAUGCUCACCAAUCCAUCUAUGACCCCUCGGAGGGUAGAAGCUAUUUCUUCUGUCAUCACUUUACUUGUGAAAGAAUUCUUCAACCCUCGGGACAUAAGCAGACUUGGACUCUUUCUUGUUUAUACACUUCCCCUGCAAAGUAACACAUCUGAAAGCAGUGAUCUUUUCGACAGUCAUCAUAGUACAAAUGACGAGAAUUCUGGUCCAGUCAGUCAUAUACAUGUUCGAAACCAGAUCCUGUCUGUAUUAGAUAAAAUUUUCAACUCAGACAAGCUGCAAGAAAAGGAAGGGCAGGUUUUAUUUGAAACUCUGGGAUGUGGUUGGUUCCUGCUGUUCCUUCAGCCUCACCUUCAUCCUUCAACCAUAAAACUGGGUCUUGCCUUGUUGAAUCAGCUUCUGUUGAACCCCAGCCUCCUGAGCAUCUUCAGGGAGGGGGUUUCACCGUGCUCUUUGAUGGAAGAGCCUUCAACAGCUUUAGACAACCUUCGGGCCCGUUCAUCAACACUAGAUUUUCCUAGAACCGCCUGUUCAGGGUUUGAUGUUCUAAAGGAGCUUCUAAUUACUCACUUUAACCUUCCUGAGGCUUAUGAGUUCCUUGUGGCACUGUUACUUGGAAAGAAAUUAAAGCACAAAACAAAAGAAAAUUUGCCUUUGGAUGACACUCUGCUGUCUUAUAUUGACAAUGAAGAAAACAAUUCAACAGAACAACUUUGUAUUGAAGCUGCAACGAUACUUCUUGAACUGGUCAAAGCCACCAUAAAUCCAUCAACUGUUGCAGUGAAUCAGACACUGAACCCUACAGUAUCAAGAUCAGCUCGUGUAUCAAGUGUGAUGCAGUUCUUCUGUCUUCUUCAUAACCUUCGACCCAGAGAUCCACUUUGGACUUUGCCAGAGUUUCUCCACACUCUUGCCAGUGUUAUUCAUCCUUUGCAGGCCUUGGGUGAUGAAGGUGAAACAGCGUUACAAAAAGCUCCACUUAAAAAGCCAGUGUGUGAUUUUCUUCGCAUUCUUCUAAUGGACAGCCUGCUCAAUGUUUCAACCAGCAGCAGCCACCCUGUUGUGGUCAUUAUGGAGCUUUCGCCACAUGGAGCUUCAGUGGAACAGUCGCUCCUCUUUCAAACAGAGUUGGUUGAAUUCAUCAUUGACAUUAUUUACGUGCUCAGCGGUGAAGAAGAAAAUCACACACAUCUAGCCUCAAAAGACCCUAACACCCAGAUGCCUGAAGGACAUUUACUCACCUUGAUGGAGAAUGUGGUGCUUUUCACUAAGACAUUUGUGCAGAAACUUUAUAGUGGGACAAUCACCGGAGACUGCAGAAGUUUACUCCACUUCAUUGCUGAUCAAAUCGUUAUGGUGUUGGAAAAUGGACAGACACAGAAAGACAAGCUCCUAUCAGAGUUGUAUUCCUCCAUCAACAGAGUGAUGCUUUUCUUCAUGUCUCAACCUCAACAUUUCCAAAAAGACAAAAAUGUGGUGAUCAGAACACUGGAGACAGUGCUGGAGCGCUGGGAUGUCAUAAUGGCCACUUACAAUGCCAAUGUGAACUUUAUGACAUGUUUCCUCUACUGUUUGCUAACAACACGAUCUGGAAGAUAUCCGGAAGGAUUUGAGUGUACUCCUGGAAAAGUACACAACAGAAAUGUGCCAUCACAGAUAUUUCCCGCCAAAAUCAGACAUGAUGACAACAAGUGUAGUAGCAGCAGUUCUGUCUCAGAUGAUCAAAGACUAGAAUCUCUGUUGGAUGCCUGCUGGUCUCAGCUCAUGAAGGAGAGGCAGUGUAUGCUUGAGGAAAGUUUUAAGACUGAGAUUUCAGCCGGUAACACACCAAAGACACGGCCCGUCCUCAUGACUGAAAUCAGUCCUCUGUGGGAGGAGAUUAUCCAUAAAGGCUGGCAGCUGUACACAGAUUCUUUGAAGAAGAUGUUGUUUAGCAGUUCACAAAAGACCUUUGACCGCAUUAGUAGUGCUGUUUCCUCUGUUCUGAGCAGAUUGAGCAAAGAGCCUUCAACUGUUGAGGAGUUUAUGUUUUCUAUGGAGCUGAUUCGACAGAAAGGUCAAAAGAUGUUCGAACGCAUGAGGAUGAACCACAUACAGCAAAAGACCAGUGAGUGGGAUCGCUUGUCUUCCAAGUGGCUGGAUGUGGAGGCUGAACUGUUGAGGGAGAGGGCUAUUUUUGGACCUGGGCCUGGAGUGCUCCUGAGCAGAGGCUGGGUACAAGAUGCUGCAGAAGGUCCUAACAGAACAAAACCUCACAUUCGCAGAAAAACACAAAGAAAAUCAAACAAGGUGAUGGAGCCAUUGUAUUUGGGUUUAGCAAGUGCAGAAGUUGAAACAGAGGCCAAGAUCUUGUGUGAGGUUGGGUCUGAAGUGAAAGAAAACAUGGCGGAUGAGAAGCAGGACAGUGCUCAGUUGACCUUCUUCCCUGUUCUGAAUGAAACUCCAGCGAGUGCUGAGGCAGCCUCUGACCCCAGCUCCUCCACACACUGUUCCUCCUCUACAGACUGCUCUGCCAUCCGUGUCAUUCUACAGGAACUGCAAGAGGGAGAUGAGGUGCAAGCUAAAAUGUGUAUAGUGACUGUUAGUGGCCUUAGAGUGACAGAAGGAGUGCUGCUGUUUGGAAGGGACAGUGCAUACUUGUGUGAAGGCUUCACCUUAAGUUCUACUGGAGAGCUUUGCUGUAGAAAUCAUCACCCCAGCAGUGUGAGAAAUUCCUACAUCGCUUCAGUGCUGAGCAAAGAUCUACCAGUGUCUAGUUGCAGGCGCUGGCUCUAUCAAGAUAUUAAAGAUGCACGUUUUAUGCGAUACCUGUUAGAGGACAAUGCUUUGGAGAUCUUCAUGAAAAAUGGACAUUCUGCCUUCUUGGUAUUCCUCAACAGAGACCAUGUCAAUGCCUAUAAGAAGUUGUGCCUGGCAGUGCCAUCAUUAAAAGGAAGAGGCGUGACUGAGGUUAUUGCUAAUGCUCGCAAAGCACCUCUGGUCGAAAAGGCUGCUCUCCUCAAGUGGCAGCGAGGAGAGAUAAGUAAUUUUGAAUAUCUGAUGCAUUUGAACACCUUGGCUGGCAGAACAUAUAAUGACCUGAUGCAGUAUCCAGUUUUCCCAUGGAUUUUAGCCGACUACGAAUCUGAGACACUUGAUCUGGCCAAUCCUACCUCUUUCCGUGAUCUUUCUAAACCAAUGGGAGCUCAGACAGAGAAGAGGAAGCAGAUGUUUAUCCAAAGAUACAAGGAAGUUGGUGACAGUGAAGAUGAAGCAGAUGUAUCGGCACAGUGUCACUACUGCACCCACUACUCCUCUGCCAUCAUUGUAGCGUCUUUCCUUGUCCGAAUGGAGCCUUUUUCUCAGACCUACCACACGCUGCAGGGUGGCUUUGACAUCCCAGAGCGCAUGUUUCACAGUGUGAAGAAGGAGUGGGACUCGGCCUCUCGGGACAACAUGGGCGAUGUCCGAGAGCUGAUCCCGGAGUUUUUCUACCUGUCUGAUUUUCUGGUUAAUUUUAAUCAGAUUAAUUUGGGCUGUAUGGAGGAUGGGACUCCUUUGGGAGAUGUUGAGCUGCCUCCUUGGGCAAAGAAUGACCCCAAGGAGUUCAUUAGAGUCCAUCGAGAGGCUUUGGAGAGCGACUAUGUGAGUUCACACCUUCACUUAUGGAUCGAUCUGAUUUUUGGAUACAAGCAGCAAGGACCAGCCGCAGUGGAGAGUCUGAACCUGUUUCACCCGUACUUCUACGCGGAGCGGGGAAGGGCAGACUCCAAAGACCCACUCAUUAAAAAUUUAAAGUUGGGAUAUGUGAGCAACUUUGGCCAAGUACCAAAACAGUUGUUUACCAGACCGCACCCAGUACGUUUUGGCUCAAAGAAAGAAGCAGCAGCAGUUUCCACACCAACUCCAUUUUUCUUCAAGCUGGACAAACUUAAGACCGCAGCACAGCCUUACAAAGAACUCCCCAGGGGACCAGUUGGGCAGAUAAUAUUCGUAGACAAAGAGGUCCUGGUUUUAGAAAGAAACAGGCUUUUACUGGCACCAGCGCUGAACUGCUACUUCAGUUGGGGCUUCCCUGACAACAGCUGUAACUUUGGAAACUACACCUCUGGAAAGACUUUUGCGGUGUAUGAAGAGCUGUGCGUCUGGGGUGAGACGCUGUGUGCAGUUUGUCCAAAUCCAAACACAGUAAUCACAGGAGGAAGCAGCACGGUGGUGUGUGUGUGGGACGUGGCUCUCACUAAAGACAAACUCAGUCACAUGAAACUCAGACAGCCUUUAUACGGGCACAUAGACACAGUGACGUGCCUGGCUGUGUCUGAGGUCCACAACAUACUGCUGAGUGGGUCCCGUGACUGCACCUGUAUCCUGUGGGAUCUGGAAGAGCUCAACUAUGUGACGCAGCUCACAGGACACACAAGCAGUGUUUCUGCAAUAGCCAUCAACGAGCUCACUGGGGACAUUGCCUCUUGCGCGGGCUCGCAGUUGUAUCUGUGGACCAUGAGGGGGCAGGUGCUGGCCUGCACAGACACUUCCUGUGGGCCUCAGGCAGACAUCAUGUGUGUCAGCUUCUCACAGAGACUCGAGUGGGACGCCAGGAACGUUGUUGUGACCGGCUGCACCGAUGGCAGUGUCAGGAUUUGGAGGACAGAACUCACACAAAUACAAUUCCCUGUCACUUCAGAGGAGGUUGUGUCCCAGGGGCAGGAAAAAAUAGUACAAACAGCAGACACCAGUGUAGCUCUUGUCGGCAGCUCACCUAUGGUUCAAAAAUGGGAGAGACAUCUGGUGUUGUGUCAUGAGCUAAACAGAGGACAUCCCGUGUCACAAAGACGCUACAAAAAAAACCCUGCCAUCACUGCGCUGGCCAUGUCCAGGAGCCAUGCCACUCUGCUGGUGGGUGACGCCUGGGGCAGAGUGUUUACCUGGACGUGUGAGUGAGCCAAGCCCUACCUCCUUACAAAUUCAAAGUGUUACUUCAACUUGAGAUUAAGACUGGAAAUGCACUGAUCUGAUACUGGACUGGAUUUCAACUUCCAAAUACAGGUUCAGAUGAUGUCCUGGUUGGACUUGUAAAUUGAUUUCAAUAAGACUGGUUGUAGUUGGCCCAAA